AACAAAACGGGCAAUUGGAUAGUGAAAAAGAUUACACCAUCCGUUUCGACUUUUCUUUCCCCUCUUGCCUUGUUGCUCAUCCAACUACCUAAACGCUUCUUUCUUGCUCUUCCAUGGUGUUCACUUGACUUCCCUCUCUUCGGCAACAUCUAUCUUCCUGUUUCAUAAACCAUGGUUGCCGCUUUGCUCGCUAACCCUAAGUUGUCCACUCCUUUUCUCGGCCACAAACCCUCUCUACUCCAUCGCCAGAAUACAAGGAGUUUAGCGACACCUGGAGUCAAUUUAGGGCAACCUAAAUGUUCUGUAGACACACCUUAUGAAGGCAAUGUGUCAAAAUUUCCGAGGAUAAAUGUAUGGGAUCCUUACAAGCGCCUCGGCAUAAGUCCCUAUGCUUCCGAGGAAGAAAUUUGGAGCUCUAGAAAUUUUCUUGCCGAGCAAUAUGCUGGAGAUGAGCGAAGUGUGGAAUCCAUAGAGGCUGCUUUUGAGAAACUUCUUAUGAGAAGCUUUUGGGAGAGAAAGAAAACGAAGAUUAACUUGAAAACAAGGCUGAAGAAGAAAGUUGAGGAAUCUCCUCCUUGGUUGAAGAAUUUGCUCAAUUUUGUAGAGCUUCCUGCAACUGUCAUUAUCCUUAGAAGAUUGUUUUUAUUUGCCUUUAUGGCUUGCUGGAGUAUAAUGAAUUCUGCUGAAGGUGGACCAGCUUUUCAGGUGGCUAUCUCUCUUGGAGCGUGCAUAUACUUCCUUAACGACAAGACAAAGAGCUUAGGAAGGGCUACCAUCAUCGGAUUUGGAUCUCUUGUUGCUGGUUGGGUGUUUGGUUCGUGUGUAGGUCCAAUGAUACCGGCUGCUAUAUUACCACCUACUUGGUCUCUGGAACUUCUUACUUCCUUAGGAGUGUUCCUCUCUCUGUUUGUUGGCUGUACCUUUCUUAAAUAGAAGACUCAAGUUUUGUCAUCAGGGAUUUUGAAUCCUAAAAUUUCUUAUGGAAGGUGAUUUGAUUUCAUGUUUUCACUUAGUAAUGUUUAUAAUAUAAUUUGCUCCAA